AUGCUGGAUCAACAUCAAGGAUACCUCUUGGCAGGUGAACAUGGCCAAUACACUCCAGUGACAAGGAAUGAAAGCAGACCUGAAAAAGUACUACACCUACGGCUAUCAGCAGAAGCGCUAGAGCAAUUGACGAGAGAGGAUGUGCGAAUCAGUAUUCGUGCGAUAGACGAUGCAAAUACAAUUUUGACAAUCAAUGAUGCGCAACAUAAUCUACAAAAAUCAACGGAAGCAUCUCCUCACCAUAUCUAUCGUCUAGAGCAACAAGGAAGCUCAUCAAGAUCGUCUGGAUACUCCCAGCUAUCACAUGUCGGAGAGGUACAAACAAAAUACGCCAUUCGACCAAAUUCGACACCAUCUUCAACUGCUACCUCACGAUUGAAGGAGAGGAGAGAGUUAGAGGAAGCUCGGAAAUUAGAACACCGGGCCGUGUUAUUAGAUUCGGCACCUGUAUCAAACAAGCCUUCAAAAUCAACAUCUGGUCUCAAAUUAAGAGCUAAAGGAUUAGCGCCAGCAAAUAAAGGAUCGCCUCUUUUACAGUCUCGCUCUGGCACACCGAUCGAUUCGCAUUCACAAAGCUUACCUGGAAGUCCAAAUAUAGGAUCUGGACACAAUUCUGUUCAGAAUACCCCCACAAAUCAGGCCAAAUCCAGUCCACUAAAACGAGAAAAUUCACCCACGGGACUACGACGUCAAUUGGUUCAACUUUUGGCAAAAGGACCUCUCUCACGUCGCGAUAUCGUUCGUGAGAGUCACUUUGCAGAGCCGCAAGUUGUAAGCGUCUUGGGUCCUAUUGCAAACACGCCCGAUACUUUACAACCAAAGGGCUCUUCCGUAUCAUCAACUCGCAAAUUUACUGGACCAGUCAAUCGUCGUAAUAGUGUGGGUGGCUCAAUUGCAAGUUCCUCCGAUAAUAGCAGUCACAGUACUGUAUAUGCACUAAAAGAUGAAUGUUAUACAGAGCUGCUGGUAAAGGACUGGGAAGGCUAUUCCAUGGAAGAGAAGAUCCAAAUCAGUGCACGUAUGGAAAUGGCUUUAGACAGGCUAGGUAUACCACACAAUGCAGUGGAAAGAGAUCAGCUCGUACGUGUUCCGGCAGAGAAGCGAAUUCGUCUGUUCGAGAAAUUGGACCUUGGCGAAGGAGUAAGCGAAGAUGAUCAUAGCUCUAAAUCCGCACAUUCGGCACGACCCAAGGCAAGCACUAGCAAAAAACCUACAACGAAAGACCGACUUGCUCGUGCAGCAAAGGGAAAGCUCUCUUCUCCUCGCAUCACACCGGUGAAUGCGAAGCAGGCUACUUCUGCUGACAAGGAGCACCUUACAAAAACAAAGGCAGCAAGGACGUCCUUACCGAGAAGUGCAGAUGCGAGGGAAACGACAAUGCAGCAAGAUAUUCCCAGUGCUACUAAACGUAAGACUACAUCAGCUCCACGAACCUCGACAAGCGGAAAUGGAAGUGUAUCACAUAAAUCAACUAACCGAAAAGAUAUCGAAUACACCGAUUCAUCAGAUGAUGAUGAAAAUCUGAGAAGUAGAGGAAGAGCGUUGUCGGCGGUCUCACAGAAAGCGGACACGAUCGCAGGAGAUUCAAAACCCCUAGUUGACCUAACAGUGAAUCGUCCAAAGAAUGGCUCAAUAUCAAGCCUUAAUCUUGCGAGAGAGCCGUGGCUUGAAGUGCGAUCUACGAAGCAAUGGCAUGAACUUGCAAAAAGAUUUCAUCGUGUGUACGAUGAAUAUCAAAAGGGUUUAUCUCGCGUUCGAGAUGAAGAAGAUAUGAUUAAAUCGGAAUUACGCUUGGCAAACAAAGAAGAAGAAGAGAAAGACGUCUCUUCUCGUGGUAACAGGAGAGACUCUGUUUCAUCGAGAAAUACUCGAUCAACAAGAGGGAACAAAGCUGCAAAAGACGAAGAUGAACCUAUGCUUAGCCCUAGUGAUGAACGAGAAGAAGGUGAAGCAAGUCCAACGAUCGGUCAAGAUGCGCAAAUGUCUUCUACUACAUUCGCUUGGAGACAUGGCGGAGUAAAAGCAACACAGGCCUUUCCGAGCAGCGACUCGCAACCGAUGCCACUUGAAGACUUAGAAGAUCUAGUAGGGUCUGUAUUGGAGUUGGAAGGUCAGCUACGGCGCAUGAAGACUGUUCUUCAAACGUCGAAAGAGGAUUUAGAGGCGUAG